AUGGAGGCGGCUAAAAGCUUCGCCGGAAACGGCUCCCUGGAGUCAUCGCCGCCGGCGGUGCUUCCAUCUCCAGAUGACGACGGUCAAGAAAUAGACGUAGCAACUUCAGACGACAACAAAGAACUCGACGCUACCUCACCGGUAACAACUCCGGAGAAAAUUCCCAAUCCAUCCCCACCAUCGUCAUCGUCGCUAACAGAGACCCAGAACAACAAUAACGGCGACGACGACGGCGAUAACCACCUUUCGGAAUCGCAUACCGAACCCGAACCAAAAAACGCCGCUGCCCAACCUACAAUCGAACCUUUCGACGAAAAAGCAGCUCAUCCGUUUGAGACCUCGGCGGAACCAUCGAGAAACCAGACCGAUCGUAACCAUCCGGAAGCCAGAAUCGUGGCCAGGUUGUCGUCGCCCGAAAACGACGACUUUGUCGCGCCACCUCCUCUCGACAGAACAAAGUCAUCCCCGGACGAGAAUUUGCUAUCGUCAUCGGCUGCUGCGGAUCCCAAGCACCGGCGAUUGGCGAGCAUGGAUCAGAUCGUCGCAAAAGUCGCCCAAACCCAUCUGACGAGAGCUCAAUCGACGAAACCGAACAAGGCAUCGACGAUGCACAGCAUCGACUUAACCCGAGGUCAGAUCGACACAGCCGCGCCUUUCGAAUCCGUGAAGGCUGCCGUGUCCAAAUUCGGAGGGAUCGUGGACUGGAAAGCCCACCGUGUGCAGACCGUAGAGCGACGUAAAUAUAUCGGGCAAGAACUAGAGAAAGCGCAGGAGGAAAUACCAAUAUAUAAGCAGCAGUCGGAGACGGCGGAGGCGGCGAAAAUGCAAGUCCUGAAAGAUCUCGACGCCACAAAAGCUCAGAUCGAAGAGUUAAAGCUGAAACUCGAGACAGCCCAGAAGGACGAAGAACGGGCAAAACAGACCGCCGAACUUGCGAAACUCGAGGUCGAGAAAAUGGAGCCAGGGAUUUCCGACGAGGCCACCUCGAAAGCCCGGGCGCAGCUCGAACUCGCCCGGGUGAAACACGCGGCGGCUGUUGCGGAGCUUAACGCAGCUAACAGCGAACUCGAUCAAAUCAGGAAGGACUCGAAUUCGGCGUUAGCUGAAAAGGAAAAUUGCAUUAGAAACACGGAAGAAGCUAACACCGCAUCGAAAGAAGCCGAGAAGUCGAUAGACGAAAUGACGGCAGAGAUUCUCACCCUGAAGCAAUCCUUGCAAUCUGUGCGCUCGGAACAUCUGGACAAAGAAAAUCGUAUUAUCGUAGAAGUCACCGUGAAAGAGCUCGAGUGUCUCAUCUGGGAGUCGGAAUUGAGUUCCGUCGAGGAGAAGCUCGGGAAGCUGAAUUCAGAAAUGGCGUCGACGAAGGACGUUCGAUCGAAAUUGGGCGAGGCGACGGCGUUGCUGCAACAUAUGAAAGCUGAAAUGGCCAAAUACAUGGAGUCGAAGUCAGGGGAAACCGGGGAAGACGUAACUUUAGAAGGUGUUCUAACGGAACCGAAGAUGCGUAGCCAUAACGGUAUCACAGCUGCUAUAACGGUAGCUAAGAUCGAACUUACAGAGGCGAGGCAGAACAUCGAGACGACAGCCGACAAAGUCGAGAGCUUGAAGGUGUCGGAGACGUCGUUGAAAUCAGCGCUCGACGAGGAAAGAUCCGAACUUGCUGCGAUUAAACAGAGGGAGAGAAUAGCAUCAAAUGAAAUCCGGUGUCUCGAAGCUAACUUAAGCAGCGUAAAGUCUGAACUUACGAUUGUUAAACAAUGCGGCGAACAAGAGGCGACAAAGGAUCUUCCGAAACAGCUUCAACAGGCAGCCCGAGAGGCCGACGAAGCAAAAACGCUCGCCCAAACAGCCCACUGCGAGCUCCAAAAGGCGACGAAGGAAGCGGAACAUGCGAAAGCCGGGGCGAAAGAAAUGGCGAGCAGAUUACAAGCAGCUCGAAUCGAAAUCGAAACUGCCAGGGCUUCCGAGAACCUGGCGAUAGCGGCAAUCAAAGCAUUAGCCAAGAACGAAUCGGCUCAAAGGGACAGUAACGAUAAUUCACCCGACGAAGUCAUGCUUACUUUAGGAGAGUAUUACGAACUUACCAAGAAAGUCCACGAAGCUGAAGUCGAGGCGAACACGAGAAUGGCGGCUGCCGUAUCCCAAGUCGAGGCGGCUAAGGAGUCUGCAUCGAUGAGCUUGAACAGGCUGGAGGAAGUUAAUCGUGAGAUUGCCGAGCGGAAGGAAACCCUAGCACUCGCGUUGCUGAAGGCUGAAAAAGCUGAGGCGGAAAAGCUCGCUGCCGAAGAGGAGUUGAGAAAGUUGAAAUCCGAGCACGAGCAGAAGAACAUGGUCGUCAAACCUGUUUUGGCGCCUGUGAAAGCUGUUUCUGCGCCUCUGAGCCCGCGUUUCGACGAGCCCAGGUAUAUCUUCGGCCCGCCAAGCUGUCUUGGUCUGCACAAGCGAUCGAAAACGUGCCUGGUAAGGACGAGCACAAGACGCAAGACAGAAAAUACAGAAUCACCGACAGAACUAACACUUUCGCCAAGGAAAAAGAAGAGAUCGUUCUUACCGCGUUUCUUCAUGUCCCUUUUCAAGAAGAAGACUCAAGUGUCGAGUAAGACAGCUUGA